CAGCAUGUUUGGAUCGAUCACAAGCUCUCACAGCCACACCCAAACCGGGCCUCAUCAAUGAUCAGUCGGAGCAGGUGUGAGGCCGCCACUUGUUUGUAUUUUCACCGUCUUGGCCCUGGCAAUCUGCCUGGAAAACUUCCACCCAAUACCUUACUGUGGCCCUCCGAACCGAGCAUCGAUUUUCACCAGAAACUGUCGCUCGACAAGCCAUGUCACGUCUCGGUGGCGUCCCACAGCCUUCGUGCGACAGAUCUACCUACUUCGACCGUCCUCGCACGACAUGCCCGUAGCCAGCGCCCGCGGCCACCAGACCCACCAGUCAGACUCCCAAUCCCAUCGCCCUCCGCCGCCACAGACCACAGCGGCAUCCUCCUUCGCGUGCCACGCAUGCGGCACCCCUAUCCCCGAUCCACUCCCGCGCGUCCGAUGCCUGGUUUGCCCGCCUCCGUUCCUCGAUCUCUGCGCCAACUGCGCACUGGGCGAGCGCUUCCCCGCUGGGGGGUCGCAUGAGCGCAUCCACGCGGUGGAGGUCCUCAGAGUGAGCGGCGGGAGCGUGAAGGGGAGCGGCGUGCUGCACUUCAAUGGGAAUGCGAAGAAGCCGUUCAUGCGCAGCGCGAGUGAGCUGGCUGAAGAGGCGCUCGGGCGGGGUGGGAACUCGACGAAGAAUCGGACUGCGUCAGGUGGGCCGCCGCCUGCAGCCACGUCACCUGGAACCAACCCGCCUCGUCCAUCGCCUCCCCCGCCGCCGCCGCCCCCGACUCAGCAUCCGCCUCCGCCACCGCCACCGCCUCCGAGGCCAACCGCACCCCCGCCACCUCCCAGAAACCCCGGUCCGUCCUCGUCCCCCACGUCGUCUCUGAGCUCGUGGGGACCGUUCUUCGCGAAGGAUCUCAGCCACACACCGGUCUACGUCGAUCUGAUUUUCGCGAUCUUCGCGCACCUGGCCACGGCGCACACAGACUAUCUCGCGCCUGAAGCGUAUUCCCGGCUGCGGGAUGACAUGGGGUACGAGUGGCACGCUAACGUCUGGAAGCGACAUCUCGGGCUGCCAGGUACCGCACGGGCGGUCGAAGCGCCCGCCGACGCAGCCCUGAAGCACACGUACGAGAUAUUCGGCAUCGAGCACGUCGUGCAGCACCGUCCGCGCCCGAUCCACCUGUACUCGAAUCCGAUGCCGCUCCUCACGCGGCGCGGCCUCGGCGAGCUGAUUGCGCUCGAUCUUCUGACCGCGCCGGACAGCACGUACCCGAAACUGCGGCGGGUGCUGGACAAGUAUCGCCUCCGCCCGUUUGCGCAGUGGGGUGCGCUGCCGCGGAGCGUCGUGCCGCUGGAGCCGAAUGAAAUAGCGGUCGAGAGGGCGAAGGAGGCUUGGGGUCGGGGAUCGACGGUGUUGGUCGGGGCGGACGUCGUCCAUCUGUUGUUUUGAGUGGGAGGGUCGUUCUGCCGGGUUUCUCUUCGUCGUCGACUGCUCGAAUCCACCUGACCCUUUUGUCAUAUCCUGGGUUUUGUUGAGAUCCUCUUCUACCGCUCACACGGGUGGCACAUCAGCCAUUCGGGACCGAGUGGAGGGUCAUUGACCAUCACAUGAGUUGUUUAUCAACAUGGGCUUGUGAAAUCUGCUCAACUUGACCGACGCGAAAUAAAAGCAUAGUCUUCCGCGAUAUCUCCCCGAGCAUAUUCCAAUCCAAUCCACCGAAGUGAUUCAAAACACUCCAUCGGCUCAGGAUGACUGGAACCCAAAUAUUUAUUAAUACACUCCUGAGAUUCAGCCUCGCCCAAGCGAGGACAAAUUUGAUUGAACCAUAAAGACAGAACACUCACGACGAUUUUCAAAUUGGUCAUGAAGUGUGCCCUAACCGACAAGCUCCAGGUUGGCGUAUCAGCGAAUCUUAUCAUGUGAAAUAUUACAUCCUCCUCCACAACAGAAUUCCGCGCUGGUGGAGCCAUGGAGCACCCAAAAGUGGUUUUCACCUAGUGAGACAGAAAACAAAUAGCUUGGCCCGGGUUUUCAUGAGGACUCAACCAAAGCUGAAGUCAAAUCAUAGAGAUUCAGACAACCACAUCCGAAUCUCGACGUACGUGUUGAGCCAGGGUGCGAC